UAUAUCACAGUCCUGCAGGUGGCUUUAUUUCCAAAGUGCCGGGCUGUGCUGCUGUUAAAGCCUCCUGCUCCCCCUUGCUCCCAAGACCUUCUGGAUUUAGCUGCUGCUUCAGGAGUAAGCGCCUUCCUACAAGUGAUGCUGGAUUCAGUAACCCACAGCACAUUUCUGUCAAACGCAAUGGUUUGUGAUCCCCUGAUGUCUUGGACAGAGUUAUUUGGGACAACUGAAGAUGGCUAUCCCACCUGUGAUCAUCAGACAGAUUCUGAUUCUUUCUGGACAUCCAUCCACCCGGAGUACUGGAGUAAGCACAACGUCUGUGAGUGGUUGCAGUUUUGCUGUGACCAGUACAAACUAGAUGCCAACUGCAUUUCCUUUUCCCAUUUUAAUAUCAACGGCUUACAGCUGUGCAACAUGACCCAGGAAGAGUUCCUGGAUGCUGCAGGCAUUUGUGGCGAAUACUUGUAUUUCAUCUUACAGAAUAUCAGGACGCACGGCAUAUCCUUUUUCACUGAUGUAGAAGAAACAAAGCCAACCAACAAGGACUGUGACCUUUUGACCAAGUUGCCACCAGACUCAGGAGUUCCUUCUUCACUUCUCACGUUAUUCUGCAGUUCAGUCCCAGCGCGUGAUAAGGCAUGCGUGAGGGCAGGUGGCAUCAACGGCCAGGAAUGUCACAGUCAUGGUAGAACAAACCUGCAGAGUUCUCAUUUGUGGGAAUUUGUAAGAGACCUUCUUCUUUCUCCUGAAGAAAAUGGAGGCAUUCUGGAAUGGGAGGACAGGGGACAAGGCAUUUUUCGGGUUGUUAAAUCAGAAGCUCUGGCAAAGAUGUGGGGACAAAGGAAGAAAAAUGAUAGAAUGACAUAUGAAAAAUUGAGCAGAGCUCUCCGAUACUAUUAUAAAACAGGCAUUUUGGAACGAGUGGACAGAAGGCUGGUAUACAAAUUUGGGAAGAAUGCCCAUGGAUGGCAGGAAAACAAGAUAUGAACUGCCCUGUGCUUCCAGCUCAGCACAAAAGACACCACAGCCUGAAUAGUCCAGCUGCAAUGGACACCUGAGAGAGAAGUUGUCCUCUCCCUCUCUCCCCUCUGCCCGUCUGGACAAAUUCAUUGCAGUCCGCUUCAAGAGACAGGCUACAGCAACAAAAAGAGCACUUGAAUUUUGGAGUCAACUUCCCCUCCGUGCUUUCUGCCAAGCACUGUCUCCUAGUAAGCCUUUAGGAAUAUCUUUACUGCUGCUCAGGUGACCUGCCUGUCUCCCUGUCUCAACCAGUAUGAUCACUGACCAGUAUCAAAUUCCUCACCAUUCUGCUGCCAUUUACAGGAGAUUCUUUAUGGAUAUCUCCCAGUUAGGUUACUAUAUUUCUGAAGAAUAUAAAAAAGUUUAUUUUUCAUUUGAUGAAAAUACUCCACUCUGAACCACUGCAUUUCUCAGAUAUGCUAGAAAUCAAUGUGUUGUCCAAAGUGAACAAUUCAAUCCCCUCUACAUGCCUGGAUUUAAUAUGCCCAGUCAAUCCAGUUAACAAAGAAAUACAACUCAAAUCUGAAAUAUUUAUCAAGCAGUUACCUGCUUUAGCUACUAACUCCAGCUGUGCAAAGAUACAUAAUUCAUAUAUACUUGGUGUAUUUCUUUUUAAUUUAAGAGUUCACUUUUAAAAAAAGAGUUCAGUGCAGUUAUUUAUCAUUGUUCUAUAUUGGUGAGUUGCAACUGAUCACAGUAUCAGUUCUGCUAUUUGGCAGAACGUGACUUUUAUAAUAAAGAAUGCUGAAGGCAAAUAUUCACUUCUCUAUAAUACAAGUUCACUAUCUACAAACUCUCAUGCAGGGAAGCUUGAAUUUUCCUGCUAUUAACCUUCACGAAGGUGAAUUCACUGCUGUAUUUGGAAGAAGCAGUUCUGGAAAGGGUACAAGCAAGUUAGUUUUGAAAUGCAAAUGAAUAUUUGUGGAAAGGUUUCUAUAGAGCUUUUGCCCACAUCUGUACAGAAAUAGGAUGAAUUCUUCAAAGCAUCCCAUGACAUACAGUUGUACAUACACCAACAAAAUUAAUGUGCGGUGCGUGCCCUCAGCUGCUCCACAGAUCAACCCUACAAUAAGUAAAUUGGUUAGAAAGAAAGGCGGUGGGUAUAUGAGAAUUCAAUUGCGGUUUUUGAACAUAUCAUAACUAUUCAGUAGUUUUACAGGGAUUGUUUCUUCCACAUAAUAAAUAUAAGCAGCAACUGUAAAUCUAUCAACCAUUCUAGGCUUACCGCAAGUGGUGUUCAAGGAAUUUCAAUGGGGCUUUGGCCUUGCUUUCCAAUGGACAGCUCUGUAGCACAUUACUUUGCAUAAUCGCUGUUCACUGUUGAGCUCCUUUGUUCAUUAACCCUAAGAGUCUUUUUCUUGCAACUCAGAAAACUAUGUUAUUGUUUGCAGUAUGAAUUAGGUUUUGUGGCAAGUGUUUAAGGACUCAGAUUAUCAAAUUAAGCACUGCUACUGCAACCUCAUUUUAGGUUUGUACCACACUACACAGGAUUAGUGGGCAACAGUUGGGAUAGAGAAUGGUGAUUACUGACUUUAGAACCUAGAUCGUGUCCCAGCUACAUCUCUACCCAUCAAAGGCUGCAAAAUUCAGAUUAGAGAUGUCUAUCACUGAAGUUUCUUCCAGAAGUUAUCUGUUUGGAAAGACUCCUCUUCGGUUUUCCAGCCAUUUGUUUAUUUUUAUCUCUGUAACAGCAACAGACACUCAUGUUGGGAAAUAACCCCCUUAGGGAUACAAACAUGGUUUCAAGGGCAUACUGUGAAAAAUGCUCAAAGUUUAUUGCAGCUUCCUAUUUUGUAAUAUGGGAGAUUGACUUUGCUGAAAGGAAAGUCAUCAGACACAAAAAAAACAAAGGCACAAAACCCCACAUAGAAAUAUUCCUCAGUCUAUGACAAGGGAGAACUAGGAGAUGCACACUUUUAAAUAUAUUUUACUACCUAACUUAUACCCUUGUUAGAUAGAGAAAAAAAUAUUCAGUUUAGGUUGCUAAAUAAAAGUCAAAUAUUCAGAUUUUUGAAAACCAGCAGGAAUUACCCGCUGUUUCCUAGUUCUAUGAUGUUCUGCCACCAUCACUGACAAAAACCAGCCAGGUGGCCCUCAUUUUUACUACACCUGUGCCACAUCAAAGGGGACAUCAGCAAACCACAAGGCCCCAACACAGUCAUGCGGAUUUACUGAAAACGUAUUCUUAAAAUGUGAAUUACUGUAAAAUACCUGCUUCUGGAUUUGUAUAGCUUUCUGCCAACUGCAAUUUGUUAACAAUGUGAAUGAAAUAUUUAAUAUGCAAGA